GCGCCGAGCGGCCGCGCUGCUGCAGAGACGCCCGCCGCCCCCGACCGCCCCCGCCGCGUCCCUCGGGCCUCGGAAGUGACGCAGCGCGCCCCGCCCCCGCCGCCAGAUCCGCUGCUGCUGCCGCGGCGGGCGGACCUGCAGGAGGCGGCGGCGGCGGCGGCGGCGGCCGAGGCCGAGGCCGAGGGAAGAUGGCGGACGGUGUGGACCACAUAGACAUUUACGCCGAUGUGGGCGAGGAGUUCAACCAGGAAGCUGAAUAUGGUGGGCAUGAUCAAAUAGAUUUGUAUGAUGAUGUCAUCUCUCCAUCUGCUAAUAAUGGAGAUGCCCCAGAAGACCGGGAUUACAUGGAUACUCUCCCGCCAACGGUUGGAGACGAUGUGGGUAAAGGAGCAGCACCCAAUGUUGUCUACACGUAUACUGGAAAGAGGAUUGCAUUGUAUAUUGGAAAUCUAACAUGGUGGACAACAGAUGAAGACUUAACUGAAGCAGUUCAUUCUUUGGGAGUAAAUGAUAUUUUGGAGAUAAAAUUUUUUGAAAAUCGAGCAAAUGGCCAAUCAAAGGGGUUUGCCCUUGUUGGUGUUGGAUCUGAAGCAUCCUCAAAAAAGUUAAUGGAUCUGUUGCCUAAAAGAGAACUACACGGUCAAAAUCCUGUCGUAACUCCAUGCAAUAAACAGUUCCUGAGUCAAUUUGAAAUGCAGUCCAGGAAAACUACACAAUCAGGACAAAUGUCUGGGGAAGGUAAAGCUGGUCCUCCAGGAGGCAGUUCACGUGCAGCAUUUCCACAAGGUGGUAGAGGACGGGGCCGUUUCCCAGGGGCUGUUCCCGGUGGGGACAGAUUUCCUGGGCCAGCAGGACCAGGAGGGCCACCCCCACCAUUUCCAGGAAAUUUGAUCAAGCAUCUUGUUAAAGGAACUCGGCCUUUGUUCCUGGAAACUAGGAUUCCAUGGCAUAUGGGGCACAGCAUAGAGGAAAUACCCAUUUUUGGCCUAAAAGCUGGACAGACUCCACCACGUCCACCUUUAGGUCCUCCAGGCCCACCAGGUCCACCUGGCCCUCCACCUCCUGGUCAGGUUCUGCCGCCUCCUUUAGCUGGGCCUCCUAAUCGAGGAGAUCGCCCUCCACCACCAGUUCUUUUUCCUGGACAACCGUUUGGGCAGCCUCCAUUGGGUCCGCUUCCUCCUGGUCCUCCACCUCCAGUUCCAGGCUACGGCCCCCCUCCUGGCCCACCACCUCCACAACAGGGACCACCUCCACCUCCAGGCCCCUUUCCACCUCGCCCACCAGGCCCUCUUGGGCCACCCCUCACACUUGCUCCUCCUCCGCAUCUUCCCGGACCACCUCCAGGUGCUCCACCACCCGCACCACAUGUGAACCCGGCUUUCUUCCCUCCACCAACUAACAGCGGCAUGCCUACAUCAGAUAGUCGGGGUCCACCACCCACUGAUCCAUACGGUCGGCCUCCACCAUAUGAUAGGGGUGACUAUGGGCCUCCAGGAAGGGAAAUGGAUACUGCAAGAACGCCAUUGAGCGAAGCUGAGUUUGAAGAAAUCAUGAAUAGAAAUAGGGCAAUCUCAAGCAGUGCUAUUUCAAGAGCUGUAUCUGAUGCCAGUGCUGGUGAUUAUGGGAGUGCUAUUGAGACAUUGGUGACUGCAAUUUCUUUAAUUAAACAAUCCAAAGUAUCUGCUGAUGAUCGUUGCAAAGUUCUUAUUAGCUCUUUGCAAGAUUGCCUUCAUGGAAUUGAAUCCAAAUCUUAUGGUUCUGGAUCAAGACGUGAACGAUCAAGAGAGAGGGACCAUAGUAGAUCACGAGAAAAGAGUCGGCGUCAUAAAUCUCGAAGUAGAGAUCGCCAUGAUGAUUAUUAUAGGGAGAGAAGUAGAGAACGCGAGAGACAUCGGGAUCGAGAUCGGGACCGAGAUCGAGAGCGUGACCGAGAGCGGGAAUAUCGUCAUCGUUAGAAGCUGAAGGAAGAGGAACACCUUCCAAGACAAAACAUCUUCAUGAGGGAAAAUUGACGCUUGUCCAGCAGUUUGCUUCUUGCGAUUGAACUGAACCUGUAAGGAUUCAUGGAUAAAAUGAACAGGAAUAUAUCUGAAUAAAGCAAAUCUGCGUAAAUGGUAACCAGUAGCUCUACUUUUAUUUUUUAUGUUGCUUAACUGUUUUUAUUUGAAGGAAACCUGUGUGAUUUAAAAAGUUAUAGCUUUUGCAACUUUAUUACUGGUUAUAUACAUUUGGCCAUUAUAAUGUGCAAGCAAUUGGAAAAACGUCAAGUAAAUGCUUGUUUUUAUAGUAGUUUGUUCUUGUUAAAAAUGUUCAUAUGAUAAUGUCUGUAAACAGCACCACUUUGAUUACAAUAGAUGUAGUGUUGUAAUAAACUGUUUAAUGGGGCUGAUGUGUAAAGCUGUUCAAGUUAUUUGAUGUUUACACCUCAGGGAAAGUCUUGUGUUCAGCAAUAUCUGAAGAUAAUGUUACUAUGACAUUUAUACUGUCCUUUAAAAAAGCAUUGCAAUAGCGGUUUUUUGAAUAUGCAUCAAACUAAUCUUGCAUUCAGUGAAUUAAACAUACUAAUUAAGUGUCUCUUGCCCUUGAUUUUGAUAAUAGAGUAGGUGAUUACCUGGAUAUUAAAUAUUUCUAUAUUCUGCUUUUUUUUUUUUUUUAGCUAUUUCUAUCUAAUUAGCUUGUGACUUUUCUGAAUGGUAUGUGAACCUGUAAAAACUGAAAUUUCACAGACAAAAGAAUUCAGUCAAUGUGUUAGGGGUCAAAAAUUGUGGGUUUCAGCAUUUUAGUAACAUCCUACAUUAUUUACUAGUGUUGCAACUUAAUUACAACACAGAUAUACUGAGUCAUUUAAUUGUAAACUGCUAGCAUUGAAGAAAUAUUUUUGCAGUUCUGAUUUGAUGCAGCAGUUGUUUUCUGUUUUUUAUCGAUAGUGCUUAUGGUUUAUUUGUGAACCAUGGGCAGUGUAAAUAGUCAGAUGUGCAGCAGACAAAUGUGAGUAAAGAAAGGUAGCCUUAGUUUUAUUUUCCAGUUAUUGUAGAUGCUGGAGUAUGAUGUUUAAUAUCAAUUGUAUUCUCCUGUCUUUGUAAAUGGGAGAGCAUAGGUGUAUCCUAUCCUCACAGUUUAAGGAAUUCUAUGUCUACUUACACAAUCUUGUUUCACACUAGUGUUGCUUAAUCAGAAACAUUUCACACCUGCCUUGCCUACAGGCCCUCACUAAAAACAACUGGCUAGCAUGUUUUCGUAAUUGUAAAAUUAGUAUAGGCAGUAUCAGCAUGAUUAGAUGGGUUUUUUUAAUAGGAAGGUCAUUCUGAAUCACUGCUUAAAUUUGACUUUAAAUUCUUAAGCAAAUUAAUUUGUUUUAUAAUGAAAUGGAGGGGCCAUUCCGAAGUGGGUUGGGUUUGAUUCUCAUUUCAUGUCAGUUUAGCUUGAGGGCCUGAGACUGCUGUCGCUCUGGCCUUGCAGUGCCAAGAUACCCAGACCACCCCAGUGGCGCUUAGGGUUGGAGGACAAGGGGGCCAUGUAAUGCCAGGAGUCGAACCUGAGUAAUGCACAAGCUCAAAAUGCUCCCUACCUACUGUACUAUUUGGCCCCUGUUCAGAAGACUUCAUGAUACACGUUGGUAUUACUUUAAAAAACAAAAGCUAUUUAGCCAAAUUUUAAGGCCAUGUGCAGCUGUAGGAACCCUCCAGAGAUAUGCACUGCAGUUCUUCACUUUGAUCUUGUCCAGUAUCACACUACUUCUUACACAGUUAUUUCAGAUCACUCCUGUUAUUUUCAGUUUUCAAUUAGAGUAUUUGUGCAUGGGAUCAAUGGUGUGUAUCGACUGUUUGCUCUCAAAAAUGAUUUUUUUAAUUGUUUCAUCUUGUUGAAAAUGCAGUUGCCUUUUUCAAACAUUGGAGUGUUGUAUCAAAGUCGGUUUGGUUUUGUGUAUAGGUAAUAGGUUUGUCAUUACUUGGCUUUUUAAAAAAGUAGAUAAAUUACAAUGUGAAGAACAGAUUCCAAGGGAAAUUAGUUAAUUGUAAACUUUAAAAGGUAAGUAAAUGUAUGAGAGUAAAAUUUUUCUCUGAACAAUUUUGAAAUCAAUUCAUAAAAAAAAUCUUGACUGUGCUUGAACUUGAAACUGGAAAUUUUGUACAAAUUAAGUACUUUAUUAUUUAACUUUUAUCAGUGAAAUCCUAUACGUGAUCAUUUUUAUAUCACUCUUCUCCCCACUUGGCUGAUCUCAUGUGACUUGUUGCAAACAAUGAGUGUACUAGAAUUGUUUGCUGCUGCUCCAUUAUUUUAAGUGUUGUCAGAGGAAGUAACUUUGUUUUGACCAAUUUUUGCAAAGUCUUUCCCUGUCUGAUAACACAUGAUGAAUGUAUAGCAGUAAAAGUGAAAAUCUGAAAGCCUUGUUUACUCUUUAUAUCCCAUUUGUUUUUAAUGGGCUCAUGUUAUUUGGGAAAAAACAAUUUAUGUGUAAAACAAUCCAAAGAGAAAUCUUAAGACGCCAAAAAAACCAAAACAAAAACAAAAAAAGCACCAGUGUCUCAGAGACCUUUACUUUCUGUUUUUUGCUUUUUGUUAUGGUGCCAGGGUGGUACCCAGGGCCUCACCCAUGCAGGCUGUGAUCUACCACUGAGCCACGUCCCUGGCCCUUUAAUAGUUACUGUAGUGGAUAUGAAAAUUGUUUACCAUGGCAAUAGUGCUAUCAGUCACAUUCCUUUCAGCCAGUUAUGAAUGAGUGAUAUAGCACCUCAGAGGUACUACUUCUGAAACAACACUUUAAAUUGAAUUUGCUGCUUUUGGUUAACAUAUAUUAUGAGAAUUAUAUUUCAGUGUGAAUUUGGAAGUGUUCACAGUUCUCAAGCAGAUUUGAAAUAAGUUGCAGUGGCUUUUGAUAAUACUUUAGCCCAUUAAAUGACUUCUUUACCUAGAAUGUUCUUAAACAGUUUAACUACAAUUUCAACUUUACAAAUAAUUUAGGGGAUUGAGUUUAAGACAUUUUUAUUUAAUUCUCCUAUGGAGAAUAUUGCUUUUUUGUUUUCAUUAGUUUAAGGUCAGUUCUUAAACAUGGAAGUUUAAUGAAUGUUGUAUUAUAACAUUUUAUAGUAAAAGGGGGAAAUUGUUGAAAGGGUAAAGACUUAUUUUCCUUUAUGUAUUUAAAUGUGCCAAUAACAUAAAUACAUGCUGUUUUAUACACUGAGAUACUACUAUAGGAAUUUCUGUUUGAGUGCUCUCAACGUUUUGUUUUGUUUUUUUUAUACCGGGAUGGUCAUUGUGUUUUAUGUAUCUUACAGAACAACUCCAACUUUGUUUUAAGCUUUAGCUUGUUAUUUUAAGAGGUAUUUUGUAUUUAAUUUUUUUUCUGAGAAUCAUUACUUGGAUUCUUGUUUUGCAGAUAACUUUUCGAAUUUUAUUCCCUUAGCUCAUUACAUCCCAUAGUCAUCUGUAAAUGUAACCGUAGUUGUAUGUACUUAAAUGCACGCUUACCCAUUGUAUAUAUUAGACAUUUUGUGCUAAAAUAUAUUGAGUGGGAUUUUUGUAGCAAAGCAUUCUAUUUUUCUGUUCUUACUCUGUGUGUGUGUGUGCGCGUGUGCGUGUGUGUGUGUUUUUUCAACAUUAAUAUUCAGUUUAAACACUGGUGUAUUUAUUUUUUAGCAACUUAACUCUUAGAAGCCUUAGACUAAUAUUUAAGUGACUAUUUAACCAAAAAUUACAAAUUUAUUAAGAUGUGGCCUUACAUACAGCAUUCCUUGUGUUUGUAAUGUGAGAUUUUUAAUUUAGAGAAACCAAAACAUUCAGGAUUAAAGUUUAAGUUGAAAUAGAAACAUGUUAAAAUGUCUAGGCUUCUGGGAGGGAGUUCUUACACUUCUUUCUUGGCAUUAUUAGAAAGAAGCAACAUGAAUUGUUGUGAAAAUUCAAAAUAGGCCAUUGUUUCCUGUCUGGAUUGAUUUAGGUUUGUCUUAACCAAUGUUUUUUUAAAGUUUCAGGUUGUUGGCAUUCACUCUGAAUAUGCAGCUACUCUAGUUUUUUGUAUGAAACAAACACCUGGUUAGGUUAUAAACUGAUAUUUUAAAGACUACUUGCUAUGCUAAUUAUAAUGCAUAUUAUAAUGAAAGUCUUUUAAAAUAUUAGCAGGAAUUUAAUUGAAGUCACACAAAUCUUGAAAUGGUAUCUGCAGAUAGGAAAUACUACCUACAGUUUCUUGUGUGGGAGCAGCCUAAAACUCCACUACAAGUGUAAAUGUUUUACAUUCAUUUUAUAAUUGGACAGAUUUGCAUUUAGUGGAAAAAAAAGUUUUGAAGAUGUGUUCUUUUUUCCAUGCUAUUACUGCAUAACACCUCAGCAUUUUGUAAGUUAAAAUUAUUUUUAAAUGGUGAAUUCCUGUUUUAUUUUUUUACUUUGAAAAUUGUAGUACUCAGGUGGUAUUUAAUGGGAAAGGAUCCUUUGGGGGUAAAACAUAAUGUGUUCUAAGGAAUGCGUCUAUAACAUUAAUGACUCCAGCCUUAAAAAAAGGUCUAUUAUUCCUUCUGCCUCUUCAUCCCAUGGUGUAUUAGCAAAGUAGUUUACAGCCUUGUACAGCCUUACAAGUUGUUUUAUAAUUUUUAAUGGAAAGCCCUUAACAAAAAAUUGUAUCAUAUUACCAGUAUCCAUAAAUCACUGAAUUCCGGUUUGUAAAUAAUUGUCUAAUACCAGAAGGCCAAAGAAAGUCUUAAAAUUUUAGCUUUGACUCUAAGGUGACUUCACAAUAAGAUUUCUGUGCAAAAGGUAAGGUAAUAUUUGAUCAAAUAGACUUUUUUUGGUGUCCAUGAGAACUAGACUUCCACAUUAGUUUCUAUUAAAUUCAUUCCAUUUUUAUUAAAAUGCUUGUAAUUGCAAUUUUGUGUUUAAUGUUUAUUUUGUUUUUUUCUUUAGCAUUUAGGUGACUAUUCAGCAGUUUGCUAUAAGACCAUUGUUGGCCUUAAACUGCACUAGUAACAAGCAUGGUUAUUUAUCUUGUAUUGAAAAUAAAGCAGUUUUGAUACUA